CCCGUUAGGUCAGUCGUUGAUGCCUUUAACGCAGUAAGGUUUGUCUUCGAGUAUUGUUGGUAGCUGCCCCAUCAACAGGAUUUACUGCGCUGACUUUCAGUGUAAUUUUGGGGAUUUCUUCCCUUCCCGUUCCAUUUUGCACCUCUGUGAGAUGUUCAGGCGAUGUAGAGCCGAAGGAGGUCUGCAGUGUUGGAGGUGGCUGCUGUCCAGUGAUAAAUAUGAGGGAGCAUUCUCGAUUAUUCGAGGUGGAGUGGACGAUCCAGCAACUGUUCCAGAGAGCAAUGGAUCAAUAACCGGAGGGGAAACCCAAUUGAGAAGAGAACCAAAGGAGGAGUUUUUCUUUGAGUACAGCGGGUUGUGAUGAUUUGGAAAAAGUUCUCUGAAAGGGUGAUGAAAGCUGAUUCAAUGCAGAUGCAACCUCAACCGAAAGGCUACAUCUCUUGCAGUGGAACAGCCCUUCGGUACUGCACUGAAGCAAUACUGGCCUAGAUUUCUCUGCUCGAAUGUGUGAAGUGGGACUUGACUCAGCAGUCUUCUGACACAGAUGAGGACAUUCUGGAAAGAAAUCUAGAACCGGUCAAGACUUUCCUAGCAAUUAGCUUUACCAAAGAAAACAUCUUCUCAUAUGAUUGAGAAAUCAGAGGCUGAAUCUAUGUUGUCAGAUGAACUAGAAUCCAAACCUGAGUUGCUGGUGCAGUUUGUGCAGAAUACAUUUAUACCCUUAGGAGAAGGGUUUGAAGAGCCACAGGGUGCAGUCCAAUGUCUACCUCCAACAAAAGGCAGUAAGAGUGCAGUACACAACGGAAUCUUGCCCUCUGGUGACUCCUCUGCCUCUGAUCCUGUGGUGCCAAGUCAAGUCGGGGCGCCAGAAGCUGGAGGCAGGUCAGCUUCCGGUGAAAAUGCAGAUGGCAGCGCCCCGUGGUAUCUCCGCGUUCAGGAACUGGCGCAUGACAGCCUCGUAGCUGCAACUAGGGCACAGCUGGUCAAACAUUCAAAAGGAGAGUCAGAGGACAGCUGCGGUGCAGCAGAUUCUAUGGAAGGUGCGCCAACUGAGGUGAAUCAAGAGACUCCACAGGGUGAGAAGACCCUCAAGUGCUCCUAUGAAGGCUGCAGCAGGACUUUCCUCUGGCACGCCCAUCUGAAAUAUCACCUGAAAACCCACAAGAAUGACCGCUCAUUCACCUGCCCGAAGGAAGGAUGUGGGAAGAGUUUCUACGUGCUCCAGAGAUUAAAGGUGCACAUGAGGACUCAUAACGGAGAGAAGCCCUACACCUGCCCUGAGGAUGACUGUGGGAAGAAGUUUACAACAGCCGGCAACUUGAAGAACCACAUGCGAAUUCACACUGGGGAGAAGCCAUUUGUCUGUGCAGCCAGAAGCUGCGGACGGUGUUUCACAGAGUACUCCAGUCUACGUAAACACAUGGUCGUGCACUCAGGUGAGAAGCCUUUCCAGUGUACCAUUUGCUGGAAGACGUUCUCUCAGAGCGGCAGCAGGAAUGUCCACAUGCGGAAAUGCCACGAUAUCCGUCUUGUCUUCAGUGACCAAGAAGAGGCUACAGCCAGUGGCCUACCUGACGAUGGUGUGGGAAGUGUACCAGAGAUGCCUUCAGGAUUUUCAAUAGCUACAGCUUCUGUGAUUUCACCAUCUGCCCUGGAAGCACAGCCUUUGGUGUUACCACAGAGCGUACUUGGAGCAGAAGAGGAAGUAUUACCUGAGAGUUCACCAUUAGUUACUGGCACAACAACUACAGCAUCCAUUGUGGUUCUGCCCCAGCCACACCAUCUUGUUGCCAUAGCCACUGCAGGACAUUCUUAUGAGGAAGUAGUAACUGUAUUAAUACAGUGAAUGGCUAUGGGCCCUCUAGUUGUUAUAUUUUGGUCAAAGGACCUCAUGAAAUGGAGAGCAAGGCUGCUUUGAUCCAGGUCUGACUGCCUCUGUUCCCUAGUUUACUAAAAUGUGAACUCGGACACGAAUUUAUCUUUACAUAUGCAAGAAAUCAACAUCGAAAGCAAUGCUGCUGGAUAAUUUCUCCAUUCUAGCUCUUCCUUGUGUAUCUACCUGUGUAUGCAAGAUCCUGACGAUAUCCUGCAUGAGGAAAUUGAUCUAAAUUUGACGACUUUUCUUGGAGCAACAGAGAAAAGGAGUAGACUGGUAUUUGUUUACAAAGGGCUGUUUGAUUUCACUUGCUUCACAGUGAACUUCGUCAGGUGCUGGCAGUCUGAAAGGCCUAGACUGCAAAUCAGCUGUGAAUAUUGGAGGAAAUCUCCAUGUGUUCUGUCCUCCAUUAACCGUCCUGUAUUCCCCUGGCAAGGUCACUCCACCCACUUCCGGCAUCACCUGUGAUUGAAGGGUUUAAGCUGUGGACUUCAACUUCCCAAGAAAUUGGCAGGUUUAAAGAUUGGGUUCAAUGAAGGAUUAGUGGUGUAGUUACUAAAACGUCUUCCAAAUAUAAAUUUCAUCUGCCCUCCUGGCAUCGGGUCUGAAUGCUGCGUGUGUAAGAUACUCCUUGUGAAUUUUGCUAUACAUCACAUUAAAUAAAAGAUGUUUAUACCA